AUGGCAAGAAGAAGUAAUGUGUUAGAAAAUGUGCGUAACGCAAGAAAUGCGCCAUUCCAGAGAGGAAACCAGAGAAACAGAACGAGAAAUAGAAACGCAAUGUCAAACAGAAAUGAAAACACUAGAAGGCCACUGAGACGAAGCUUUAAGCAAAGAAAUAAAUCGGGAAACUUGCAAAGAAAAACAGUAUCUAACUCGAACGAUAACGCACCGGGAAACAAUAGAAACAGGACCAGAAGGAACAGAAGGCUGUAUACCUCCAGAAGGUUCAACAACUUUAAGACUAAGCAGAAUUUUAAGAAGAACAAGGAGGCAAAAACGGCAGACCAAAUGGACAUGGAGCUUGACAACUACAUGGGAGGCGAACAUACUAAGGCAAAGUUGGACUCCGAUCUGACGAAGUACUUCCAAGAAGGUGCGAACGAAAAGGCCUAA